AAUUCUACAUAUAACAGUUUGGGAAACUUAAGCUGCUCUCUCUGCAACAUGCCUGUGAAGAGUGAACUGUUGUGGCAAACACAUGUGCUUGGGAAGCAACACAAAGAGGUAAGAGACAAUUCUUUUUUUAAAAAAGUAAUGUGCUUACAAUAAUUGUUUUAUGUGUUAUGUUGCAAAGCUAAGACUAAUAGUUCUUUUCUUAAUUACCAAUCUAGAAAUUGAAAUGCACAGACAAUGUUAAUGUGAUUCUUUAGUACAAUAAUACAUGAGAUCUGAUUAUCUUACAAACUAGACAUAAUAGUGCCCCCCCAUUUUUCCCCAUUUAAAACAUUGACUUUUAAAAGGAUGAUUAUAACAAAAAUGCAAAAUUGCUUCAUAUGCUAAAUAGUCUAAUUACAUAAAAGUAACAAUGUCUGUUGCCCCUUGUUGCAGGCUUUCUUGAAUCUUUUUUGCUAAUAUUGCUAGUAUUUUGUGGAAAAUGCGCUACUUUGUGAAAAGAACUUAAAUUCUUCUAUGUUGUAAUAAUUUAUUCCUUGGGAAUAAAGUACAGGUGCUCAUCUGUUGAUUUUAAUCCCCACCCCUGCAGAAAGUUGAGCAGUUGAGAAAUCUUAAACAAUCUGUACCAGGUCCUAUUCCUGACACCUCAUCUUCUCUAAAGAAGAAAACAACCAACACAGAAUCUCCAGAACUGAAGAAAGCCAAAGGUAUGGAAAUGUUAGGCUGUGCUUACUGACCUGGUCAUUUUUCUACAGUUCUUCCCCAUUCCCCAGCUGUCUUGAAAUCAUUUGUGGAUUAAAUAUUUUCCUUGGAUGGUGUGUUUUAUAUAAAAUUAUAUGAAGCUGUUAGGAGCAGUCUGUUGGAGAUUUGGGGCACAGUUUGAGUCAGGAGAUCUGUGCACAAGCUGAACCAGGACCUGGACACACUGGUGGUCUGCGUGAGGACUAAUAAACUGAGGCUGACAAGGCAGACAAGUGGUUCCUGCAGCUGAAAAUUGGCGAUUUUGCCUCUUCUAGGUGCACUCUCUUUGAAGGGACAGGUACACAGUUAACAGGUGUUGUUGGAACCACAUUUGACCAUGGAUGCACAUGUGGUCUCUAUGGAGAAGAGUGCUAGUACAAUUUGGCCACUGUGACACAUGCAUUGGUAACCUCACAUUCUAGAAUGUUGUAAUGCAGUCUUUGUGGUUCUUCUUCCCUUCCAGCUGGUUCAUAGGCUGCUGCUAGUGCAGAAUGUCAUGGACCAGGUGGUGAGUGGUGCUCUUUACUGAGCACAUGCCAUGCCCAUACUAAUGGGUCUACACUAACUACCUGUCACCAAAUCAAUUUUAAGGAGUUGCUAUUUAGAAUCAUAGAAUCACAGAAUCAUAGAGUUGGAAGAGACCACAAGGGCCAUCGAGUCCAACCCCCUGCCAAGCAGGAAACACCAUCAGAGCACUCCUGACAUAUGGUUGUCAAGCCUCUGCUUAAAGACCUCCAAAGAAGGAGACUCCACCACACUCCUUGGCAGCAAAUUCCACUGUCGAACAGCUGUCGAACACUGUCUGUAACAUUAGUGUUACAGAAUGCACUCCUUGCUGAAAUGCUAGAGGCCCCGUCUGCAAUGCUAUUUUGCUGGCUUUUGAAAAUGAUUAUAUUACACAGGCAUUUUCCCAACCCAAGUCUCCUGUUUUAAGAGAAGUAAUAGGAUUUUUUAAUUGAAUAUUUUAAUUAUGGAUAUUUAUGUAUAAAUGUUUCUCUACUUUUUUCUAAUUGCCUAGAAGCCUACUUUGGCAUUAAAUAUAAAUGAAUUAAUAAUCAAUACAAGUAGUAUUUGAGUACCCAUAACAUGAAUGCCAGGCAGAUUUGCUAAUAAUUAUAAAUUAGUUUUUGAUGGGUACUUGCUAGGACAGAGAACAGAUUGUGGUAAAAUGCUGAAAGUAACCAUUCAUGGUUUCUGGUCAACUAGAUGUGCCCUUGUAUAUUACACACUGUAGCUGCUGCUAUGGUGCAGUGUUUAAAAUGCUGGGUGUGUGUGUUUUGAAUAAAUGCACCCAAAGGGGGUGAAUUUAAUCUUGGUUAAAGGUCCUAGCCUUAGAGUGGAAGAUUAAAGCUAUGUUUAGGUAAACUACAGUUUUAUGUGAUUGGGAAGGCUACACAAAAUUUCUCUUAACUGAUUUUAUAUCUACUUUUUUGUAUUUUUCCUGUUGCCACAUAAAUUGCUUUUGUUUCUGAUGUUUUUGAUUGGUUUUAUAUUUGUUUUAUGGUUCUCUUUUGUAGGCCAUCUUGAAAACCUAGAUUAAUAAAAUUAUGUUUAAUUUUAGAAAACACACUUUUACAUAAGGAAAUUUCAGCUGCUUGCAAUGCCUGUGUUUCUUGGAGUAACUGUCCUAUGAAUUGUUCUUUUAACAUACCAUCACCUGACUGUAACCACUUUAACACUGGUCAAACCUUAGCUCAAUUACCUGAAAAAACCCUGUUAUAUUGAUCUAUUAUUAUUUGUUAAAUUUGUAUACCACCAUUCAUCCACAGUUCUAAAAGAGAUGACAGUGCAAUGUGGAUGGAAGAAGGUGCUAUUUUUCAAUAGUUUUAAAGUCCUGACUUGGAGGUGUCACUCUAUCCAUUUAAGACAUAUUUUAAGGCUGCAUAAUGUGGGUUGCUAUGUCAGCAAAAAAGUAGCCUCCAAGGGAUUCAAUGACAUUACAGUCAUUGCGUUACAAUCAUUGGCAUCAUAAGUUUUUAUCGUCUCCUGCACUCAGAGGUAGAGUGUGUGCUGAGAGAGAGAGACUUGCCCAGGUUGUCCCCACUGAGUGGGGAUUUGAACUUGGCUUACCUUAGUCACACGGCUGAUCCAGAGUUCUUCAUGGGUCACUGCAGCUUGGGUGUGAAGUUCAUCUUUGUGUUCUUUUUCUGUUUUAAAUGUGACAGAACUCUGAUAAAAUGUUUUGCAGAUUCAAGGGACCAUCCGCAAACACUCUCUUCUGGGUAAGUUGAGAUGGUUGUUAUUAGCUCUGUUUUUACAUUUUCUUUUUUCAUAGUUAUGGAUAUGAACAGGAUGUUAUAUUUGUUAUUCAUUGCCUGAAGUUCUAACUGGUGCUGAGAAAUUUGCUUUCAAACAGGGUGGUUUGAAUGUUCCCAUAUGGCAGUUGUUCAAAUGCAGUGACUGACAACAUUGUUUCCAUUAUACUACAGUUACUUCAGAGAAAAUAUCUUAUUUCGUGGGGAGUCCCAGAUGGGGACACCCAAGGGAGGUGACCACCAUGUGGAAAGCUGUUUGGGAAACACAAAUUUGGCAUCGGGAAUGUCUAUUUAAGGGAGGAAAGUUUUGUUUUUGUUUUUUAAAUCACCUUAGGUUAGGUGUACUUGAAAUAAUUGUCUUGAUUCUGGCUUGUAUUAUGAUGGAAUGUUUUUAAGUUGUUGUGGAAAGCCAGCCAGAUGGGUGGGGCAUAAAUAAUAAAAUUAUUGUUAUUGUUAUUAUUUCAUUUUUUAAGGCUGCCAGCAGAUUUUUUUGGAAAAAAUGAACAAGCAGAAGCAGAAAAGGCCUCUUGCAAAGCUUCAAGUGGUGGCUUAUUACUUGGAGACUCUGAAGAGGAGGAGGAGGAGGAGGAGGAAGAGGCAGAAGAGAUGGCCAAAGAAAUCCAGGACAACAGCAGCAAACCUCCUUUGUCGUCCACAGUGCAGCAUACAGCAACACCAGCCCACCCUCUAAAAGUAGACACCACUGCUUUACCAUCAGGUAACUCUGGGACUUUCUCUGCUGACUUUACAGUAAAAAAAUAUAGAGCGUUCCAAGGCCACUCCAGCUGACAUGGUACAAAUCAGAAGUUUUGCUUAACUUUACCUCUGAAGUUGUGUCAUGUCCUCUUUUAUGGCUCCGAAGUAUUGCUGUGCCACAUUAGGUAGGCUUAUCCGUAUAUACUGCAGUGCGCUCCAUGUGUGUCAUACAUGCAUAUUAGGUGGCUUCUCAUGCCAAAUGAAAACUAGCAAUCAUCUGCUAUUGAUGGUUGUAGAUGUCCAGAAUUCUGUUUCCAAGUGUGGCCAGCCAGAUGCUUCUGAGGAACUCCAAUAGGGCAUGGAGUUCUGUUCAUUACUAGCAUCUAGUAUGCAGAGCCUCUGCGGUUCUCUCAUAGUACAACAGCAUAGCUGACCAAUUCUGAUAUAUACAAUUCAAGGACUAGUACGGGGGUAGGCAACCUAAGACCCGGGGGCCGGAUGCGGCCCAAUUGCCUUCUCAAUCCAGCCUGCGGACGGUCCGGGAAUCAGCAUGUUUUUACAUGAGUAGAAUAUGUGCUUUUAUUUAAAAUGCAUUUCUGGGUUAUUUGUGGGGCAUAGGAACAGUGGACCGGCCCAUGGUUGAAAAAGGUUGCUGAUCCCUGGACUAGUAUAUGGUGAUUUUUUGAUACAUGAGUCCCCAAAUGGUAUUAUGAACAAGCAAACAGUUUAUUUUAUAGCUUAGUGUAUGUUAUAGCUUUAGUCUACAAGGGGUGUAAAUUUGGUGCUUUUCUAAAAAAGUGCACAGUUGCGACAAAUUGAGCUUCAGUGCUACACUAUUCAGGAUUAGGAUAGACCUAUCCUAAUAAAUUUUGUCUAGUCAUUUUAAAGUAGUGGUCAUCACCAACAUGCAGCCCAGUCCUAUGCAUGCGUCCUCGGAUAUGUUUACUGAGUCCAGUGGGACUACUGCUAAGUUAAGUGUGCACAGUAUCUCAAUUUAAGCAGUGGUGAAUCUUGUAAGUUAAUCAUUCUGUGAAGUAUUUCCUUUUGUUGAUACUUAUAUCAACUUUAUUGGUUCAUCACAAGGUCUGAGUGAUCUCAGUUUUUCCCUCUCUGCUCAUCGUUUGUGCAAUUAAUACAUCCAUUUUUAGUGACAUGGGCUUUCAAAUUGUGCAUAUUACACCGGCAGUGAUUCUUUUCUCUAUUGCAGACUAUUCAGACAAUAAAACUUUAGCUGCACCUUUAGUCUCCCAUUCUGGCUCUAUUCAGAAAGCAGAAAUACAAGAAAAAGUUGUGGAAAGGUAAGCUAGCCAGUGUAAAGGUUUUCCUUCCUAUUUAAAUUUGUAAUUAAAUGUGUUUGGGUUCUCAUAAUUAAUAAUCCUCAGUAUGCCUAGUAUAUUGGUACUUUUUUUUAAAAAAGGUCACAGUCUGAUGAGAUGAACCAGUAUUUUAACAGUGUUCGUAACUUAAACAAUUAGGACACCAUACAUAAUGGAGCUUUGAGAAAGCAGUAUAUUAGGAGAAUGGUUUCUUGUAUUUGUUUCCUUUAUCUUUAUUGGAUCUUGGAGGUUUGGAAAAAUUAAACUUAUAGUGCCAAUUGAUAUGGUUAGCUCAAAAGGGGUUCCUUCAUUUCUCCUCAGCCUCAGGCCAGCGGGUGGGGAGCGCUAGUGGACAUUGCGUUGCUCGCUCUGUUCUCGGUGCAGAUAUCUGAUCUGCUGUUUUGAAGGAGUUAAAACUAGUGCAGAAUUGGCUCAAGACAAGCCAUCACCUUAACAUUUCAGGAAAGAAAACACUGCGGAGGCCUUGCCAGAGGGAUUUUUUGAUGAUCCUGAAGUGGAUGCAAAGGCAAGUGUGAUUUGUUCCGAUUUCAGCACAUGUCAAUUCUUUGAGGAAUUAAUUCAGCUAGUCAGCUAGCGAUUACAGAAGCUGAAUAAAAGAUUUACAUAAUGAUUGAAAUGCUUUGUGGUAUCCUUCUGUAAACGAUUUGAUUAACUUGCAGCAGUUUUGGUGUAGCAAUUAGCACUGGCUUUCUCUAAGUUUGUGUUGAAUAUUGUUUGACAUGAAUCAAAAGUAGAGAUGGGAAGGCCUGGGGAAAAACCGGGAAAAUUGGGGGGGGGGGACACACUGGUUUUAUUUCCAAUUUUUCUGGGGGUUUUCCCAGGCCUUCCCAUCUCUAAUCAAGAGUAAUUGAUCCUACUAGCCAGGAUGCUCUAUUCCUCAUAUGCAGUCAGAUUUCCCUCUGCUGUUCUUGUAGGUGGUUGACAAAUAGAGAGUGCAGUGAGACUGUUAAUUAGCACACCUGUACACAGCUAGUUGAAAUGUGAUGUUUAUUCUGUGAUGCCCUAGAUUUUGCAGAAUUAAUGGAUGUGGGCCUGACAAAAGAUGUAGCAAAGUUGGGAAUAAAUGUCCAUGUAAAAUGAAGGUAGACAGUGUAUUGGGGCAAUGUACAGAUCAGCCUUUGCUUCUAAACUCUUAGAAGAAAUGCAUAAAAAAAUUUCAAAAUGCACAUCUAUAAUCCAGCCUUUCUGCCUUUAAUUACCAUCUUGCCUCCUCCUGCCCCCCUCUCUUUCCAGCAGCCCAUACAGAUGUGCAGAUACAGCUGGAGAGCUUUCUAAGCACUCACUUACUUUGCUUAGUUGCUAAGAGUCCCAGCCUCAUCUCCAACAGAAACAGCUAGAAUUUUUUUGGUUUGGGAGUAGCCAAAGUAGUAUCUCUCUUGAGAUCAUUUCUCUCCAGAAACUUUUCCUUGGGAGACGUUCCUUUAGUAUAGCUGAAGGAGCGUCUCCACCACCUUCAUUCAGCCUGGACACUGUGAAGUCCUCCAGGGAUCUUCUGGUGGUUCCCUCACUGCGAGAAGUGAAGUUACAGGGGGCCAGCAGGGGGCCUUCUCGGUAGUGGCACCCUCCCUCUGGGACACCCUCCUGUCAGAUGUCAAGGAGAUAAACAACUACACAACUUUUAGAGAACAUCUGAAGGCAGCCCUGUUUAGGGAAGUUUUUAAUGUUUGACGUUUUAUUAUGUUUUUAUAUUUUGCUGGAAGCCGCCUAGAGGGGCUGGAGAAACCCAGCCGGAUGUAUAAGUAAUAAAAUUAUUAUUAAGUUUGGUGAGUGUUGGUGGCCUUUUCUCCAGGAACCUUCCUUAUCAAUGCAGGUUAGAAGAUGGGGAAGAGUGUUCUUGAGUAAUACUUUAUGUUCCUUACAUUCAGCCAUAGUAGCUGCAUUUCAGAAACCUCCUCUAGAUUGUACAUUGAAGUGACCUUUUUAAAAAUUAUCUCCAGAGUCAUAGGGACUGAAAACCAGGAUACCUGUAACAACAACAACUUAAUAUUUAUACCCUGCCCAUCUGGCUAGGUUUCCCUAGCCACUCUGGACGGCUCACAACAGAAUUAAAAGCACAAUAAACCAUCAAACAUCAAAAACUUCCCUAAACAGGGCUGCCUUCAGAUGUCUUCUAAAAGUCAGGUUGUUGUUUAUUUCCUUGACAUGUGUAAAUGCUCCGACUACCUACCUGUUUCAAGCAGGUUCAUGUGUGUUUAGUGUUUUUAUAUCCAGAAGACAUCUUAAAACAGGAAAGGAAAAGCAAGUUUCUAUCCCUUUCUCUGUCUUAAUAAUUUAAAUUGGAGGGGGGAGGGGGAGUUCUGCUGAUGCCCUGUUGGACUGAAUGGAAGCUGCCCAAAUCAGAGAAGGGGCUUCUGGUUCUUUCUUCCUUUUGUUUGUUUGUUUCCUGUGCCUGUCUGAAUGUUCCUGAUAUUUAACCUCUGGAAGACAUUAGAAGUCUAGAUUAGAAAGAGUUCUGAUGCCUGGUUACCAAUAUUGUAGUGGUUUGCAUAUGCUAAUUGUUGCUGCCUGACUUUGAAUUUGCCUCUGAGGGUUGAAGAAGCAAAUGCUUUUGAAAUAGACCUUGAUAUAAUUUAUUACUGAUCAAGCAUUAACUGAAUUCUUUUAAACUUUUAUUGUCCAAUAUGUAACAAAUUUAAAAAGGCAGACCAUAGUACACAAGGGGGGUGGUACUACAUCUAAAACAUUCACAAAGAGCAAAAGCAAUGUAUGGUUAAUGAAGUGUAUAUUCUUAUGGUAAGUUACUUUGAAAUGAUUUACGUAUUGUUAUAUUGUAGCAUAAUUAAUCAUUCAGAAUCAAAGCACACGACUUGCUUUUACAUGGAUGGAAUGUGUCUCACUUCUGGAGGGGGAAACAAAUGCACAAAACAGAACUAUAAGCAUAAUUCCAAUGAAAAUUGAUUUCCCCCAAUUACUUUAUUUAGCCUGAAGUAUAUUUAGCUGGCAUUGGUAUGGCAAGCUAUCUGGCUUGUUGCAGCUUUCAGAAGGAUGAGUCUUGCUAUAAGUGUCAACCCAGAGAUCUACUCUUUACCUGUUAAACCAAUAGGAAACAGGAGGCAAGGCAGCUAUAGUUCUCACACUCCCCCCCCUCACCAUAUUUUUGUCUGCCCCUUUGCCUUCCUCCUCAUACUGUGCAGCAGCUCUCUAUUAACCAUCCUUGUGUCCUUUAACGCAAGGGGGGCAGAUAUAAGGAAUGAGGGGGAAAUGAACAGAAGAAGCUGGGCCUGAGAUUUGGGUCUGUUGCAUGCCCAAUGAGGGUAAAGAGGCUGUCAGGCCAGCUGCUGUGUCCUUCCUCCUGAGUUAUACAUGUGAUCAUCUAUAGAUCAACACCUGUUAGGUGUAGUAGUGGCUAAAUGUGAAUCAAGAAGCCUACAGCCAUGAUUUUGGGGGGUGGUCUUAGAUGGGGCCGGGCAAUGCCUGGUUUUCAACUUCAUGAUAUAUCAUCAGCUAAACAUCGCAAUAUACUGAUAUAUCACAAUGUCUGAAAUAAGGAUGGAGCUAUGUGGAGGCAUUGGCUGGCUGCCUGGUUUCCCCCCACAUUGUGAUUUUUGCAUAACGCACACACCCCAUGAUUUGCAAUAUAUUACCAGGUCAGAAAUUAUGAAACCAGUAUCAUGGUAUGGACUUCAAACCAGUUUUGGACAAUAUAUCAAUAUAUUGCCUAGUCCUAGUCUUAGAUAAGCUGCUCCCUCUCUUCCUCUCUCUCCCUCAGCCCCCUAAUAUUACCUGGGUAAUAUUAACCUUGCUUUCAAGGGGAUGUGUAUGAGAUGCUUUGGGACACAACAUAGUGUAGUAGUGAUAUAAUAUACUGCUGCUGAAUUUUGAAGGAGCAGUGUAAUUUUUGUCUUUUGUCAAAUUUUUUUUGUAAGAUCCAAAAGCAUUUUUCUCUCUUCUCCCCAGCUCAUAGUAAAACAUACUCUGUCCAUCUCCUCCCUCUCUCUGUAUCAUUCUUCAUGUGCCCUCUUGAUAUAGAGAUAUAUAUAUAUAUAUAUAUAUAUAUAUAUAUAUAUAUAUAUAUGCAUGCUGGCAGAGUAGCACCUUAUUUGAAGGAGAUGCUGUUUGUAUGCCUUCAGUUACUCUGAGACCAGUUCUCCCUAGUGCUAGCAGAUGUGUCUUCAUCCCAUUUCAAUUCCCAGUAUCUUAGCCAAAUCUUGAAAAACACAUAGUAAAUAUACUUUGAAUAACAUGUGUAACAAGGACAGACAUUUUAUGGUACCCAAGCUAGGAAUCAAGCAGAUAGGGAAAUAUUGCUGAAUCCAUUGAUGCUACAAUAUUCUGUGGUGCCAGAAUGCUAAUGACUCUUAUUCUAAAUAUCAAGGAGUUAGGGGGCUAAGUAGAUAGCAUAUAGUAGAUAACAAAUAUGUGUUCAUUCUUAGUAGCUCACAUACUGCUUUCAUCUGCUCUCUUUGAUGUCCCUUAGUGUGUUUAAGUUGACAAUGCAUUGCAGUGCAAACUGGUAGCACAUAAUCUGAAAUAAGGAUUCUUUGUCUCUCUCUCUCUCUCUCUCUCUCUCUCUCUCUCUCUCUGAAUAUAGCUUCAAGUUGUCUGGAUAAAUUGUUUGCUUCGAAAAAACCAGCAACUUAGCAACCAAGUUCUCCUUGCUUGCAGCAUGAAGUAGAAGUAGAACCAAUAAUGAGAAAUAAGAAUACAGCCUUCCACAAAUUGCUCAUCUUUCUCAUUUCAUAGGUGAGGAAGGUUGAUGCUCCAAAGGAUCAGAUGGACAAAGAAUGGGAUGAAUUCCAGAAGGCUAUGCGACAAGUCAACACUGUAAGUUGAUGCCUCCUGUUUUGAAUUGCUUGCAGAUGCGGAACUAGAACUUUGCAGAGUGACAUUCCACUGCAUUUGCUGACUGUUUUAAUAUCGGUUAAAAUCAUUUUAUAAGCUAGCUGUGGUCUGAGUAUCCCCCCUUCAAACAGUGAAGUGAAGAAACUUUAGUAACAGAUGACACUACACCAAAAAUUGUGAUGAAGUUUGCUUUUUAAAAAUUUGAUCGGCAUAUCCUAUCUAGCAGGAAUACAGGAUGUAUAUUCUGUCAGGCCAGAUGGCCUGUUACUGUCACCAUUCACUUUCAUUUUUUCAGGUCUGGUGCACUUGAUAUUUUAAGUAUGUAUACUUUAUACAUAUACUCUAUACAUGCAAUAAUUAUCUGGCUCUGGAUUGGAUCGAACACUCCUCCCAUGUGGCUUCAUUUUUAUUGCAAGAUUUGCCUCACCACAUCCGCUGUUGACUAGAUCUGUGGUUCUCACAUCCUGCUUUUAAAAACCAAUCCCUUUGAAGGUGAUCAGUCAGCAACUUCACUUGUGCCUGUGAACUUUGCUUUCAAACUCUGGCGUUGCAGAAAGUUUUCCAUGAAUGAAUUGUUGGGAGAAGACUGUUGUAGAGCAGUCAUCCUAUUCUGAAAUGCACUCGGUGCUAUAAACACAGUAGAUGUUCAUACAAGAUCAGCAGUGGACACAUUUAGUGAACAUUAGUGGUGCACAAGGGCUCUUCUUGGUUACAUGUUGGCCACUGGCUGCACAGCAUCUCCAAGACACUCAACUUUGAGAAAGUAUAUGCUGAAAGAAAUAACAGGUUAAAAUAUAUUUUGGAAAUCGGAGAUUAAUUGUUAACAGAAUUCUUAAACACGAGUUUCAUCAUCAGUGCUCAUAUUACUAAAGCACCAAGAUCUUCUUUGCUUGGGUUUGUCACUUUCAAAAUGUAUUGUGGUGGGUCAGAACAUGCUGGCUUUCUCUUAACUUGUAGUUAAGAUAAUAGGAGCAAGCUGUAUUCUCCCUUUUACCUGCUGUCAUAAGCAGGUUAAGACCACAUUCCUUCUUAAUCCAGGGUUUUAAUUUGCUUAAAUUCAGGUUAAGUGGAGAGCCUAUCCAGUUUUGGAGAAUCUGUUGCCCGGAGGAAGCAUAAUCCUAUAGCUUGCUCCUAGUUUUCUCACUGCAGUAAAGAGAAGGCAAAGCUUACUUUUAUAUCAAUCCAGUUUUGUUACGGAAAAUAAUACCCACCUUUUCUGAGUUAGAUUUCAGAAGCUAUAGUAGCUGAAGAAGAUGAGGAAGGGCGACUCGACCGUCAAAUUGGAGAAAUAGAUGAGCAGAUGUAAGUAAAAUAAAACCCGAUUUCUAAAAGCUGAAUGUAAACGCACUGCUUGAAAUUUAAUACAACAAAAUUCUGCAACUUUUAUAUAACACACACAACUCUGUGCUUGCUGUUGUGUUUUUGCUAGUCGGGUAGGGAGAAGAGAUUCUUUGGGAACUGAAUUCUGCAGCUACUAUCACAUUCCACAGCUGUGGACUUCCUUGUACCUGCUACAUCUCCCCAUCCUCACACACCCGGCUAGAUAGAAUCAAGUGAUGAAAUUUGGAGGAAGUCCCUAAAGAUCAUAGACAUGCAAAGUGUCAAAAGUUCUCCUAGACUUUUUAAACAGUUCCAUUUCUGUACAAGAGCACUUUAGAUGCACAAUUAAGAAUUGCAUGGCUUAGGACAUUGCCAGUUCCACAUCUUUGGAAUGGUUAGUCCCAUGCAUGAGAUCACAACAGGAUUCUUAAAGCCAACUUCCAUACUUACUUUUGGGUCCAGCUCUUCUCAUAUCUGACUUUAACCGAAAGUAGAUGAGGUUCUAGAGCAAGAGUGGCUAACCUGUGGCACUCUACAUUUUAUUCGUCCCUAACUCCCAGCAGCCCCAGUCACCAUGGUCAAUGUUCAGAGAAGAUAGGAGUUCUUCUGACCACCACCCAGACUCCUGUUAAAUCUUUUCCUUGCCUUGCCCCUUGUAUCCUGUUGUCCACAGCUAAAACACGUCCUUAAGCACAAUGAUACAGUAAGCUCACCCUAAUAUUAUAAAAUAUCUGGAGGCACCAAGGAACUUUUUUGUAUUAGUGUGGCCUCACUUUGGGUGUAUGCUUUGCUGCACAGUGUAAGACUACCCCUCCCCCCCCUUCCUUAGCUGGUGACUCCCAAAUGGAAGCAGGAACAUGGAAACUGGUGGAGGGGACUGUUUGAGGUCUCUUGAGAUUUGUUGAUUAAUGAAUCACUUCCUUUUUUUCUUUUGUAGCCAAAUAACUUUACAUGAGUGUCUUAAGUUUAGAGUAUCCUUAACUUUUUUAUUGUCAGCUCUGGAAAUGUACCGUAUUUUUCGCCCUAUAGGACGCACCGUCCCAUAAGGCGCACCUAGUUUUUUGGGGGGGAAAUAAAGGGGAAAAAAUUAUUUCCCCCCCAGCCCCCAGAACAGGCAACUCUCCGCAAGCCGGAGAGCUCAGCGUUCCCAGCCUUCGACAUCCAAGCAACUUUCCGCAAGCCGCGGGAGCCCACUGCCUGGAGAGCGAGGGGGGUCGGUGCGCACUGACCCCUCUCGCUCUCCAGGCUUCAGCGAAAGCCUGUAUUCGCCCCAUAGGACGCACACACAUUUCCCCUUCAUUUUUGGAGGGGAAAAAGUGCGUCCUAUGGGGCGAAAAAUACGGUAACAGGCUUUGGCUGUCAAGCUGACACUUUUGUACCAUAAAAGUUUUCAAAAUAAAUUUAGUGAAAGUUGCUGGUUCCUGUUCCUUCAGUAGAAAAUGUAGAAAAUGUAUUAAAUUGCUGUCUGUUUUUGACUCAGAAGUGCAGAACUAUUGUUCAUUUGUAUGUUAAAAAAAAAGAAGAUUAAAAACAGAGAUGCAAAAUAUAGUGGAAUAAAAUUAAUUUCCAAAAAUCAAUAGUUUUCAAAUUGUUCCAGAAAACCUUGGAAGUCUAUAUAAAAUUCUUUAGUGAACCAAUCAGGUGCUUUUCCUUCCAUGUGCCGUCCAAGAAAGGAAGAUUGUCUGGUUGCGUUCUAAGCAUUUAUGCAGUCUGCUGGGUGACAGAGGUGUUCUGCAUGACAUGAGCGGCUUGCACAGGGCUCAGGGCUUUGGUGCAAGAUACCCAGGAGUUCACUGGAAGAAAGGUCAACAUGGCAAGUGUUCCCUGAAGGAAAGCCAUCUGAAAACCACCUCCUAAAUAGCAGGCAGUGGCCCCAGUGCAAGUACAGCUUGCUAGGCUUACCCUUUGCACCCCAAAAGGACAAGUAAAAAGCAGCUGAAAAAGUCUGAACUCACUUUAGUGAUAGCAGCUCAGGUUCUUGGACAAAGUACCAUAGGCUUGAAUGUUAAUGUUGUGUCUGAGAAACUGCCAUGUUCUUUCCAAAGAUAUGAAGACUGUGAACUUAAAAGGCACACCAUUGCAGCUUUUCACUUAAGCAGCAGAAGAGGGUAAAUUAUUAUUUUUAAUUUUACCCUAGUGAAUGUUUCCGCCGUGUUGAACAACUGCGUGACCGCCAGGAAGUACUGAAGGAUAAACUGAAGGAAGCCAUGAGACUAAGAGCUGCACAGGUUGAGGACGGCGACACUGGCAGUGAUGACGAAGGAGAACUGCAUGACCUCCUCUCUCAGGACUGGAGGGCAAAAGGAACAUCGUUGUAGCUGCUGCUAGGAGCCAAUCUCCUGAUGGGUGGUAUUUUGGUCUUCUAACACACUUAGGAUAAAAUAUUUAUUUGAAGAAUCCUGCAGGUAUUGAAACGUGUAAAAAUAUGUUUAUAGGGUUAAGAGUAGAAAAAGCCAUUGUAAAGAGUUGUAUAUUGUAAAAACUUUUUUUAAAAAAAAAUGUAAUUGUAGCUUUCCUAUUAAGAUCUACAGAAAAUGUUUUAUUUGCUCUAUGAAUCCAGUGUAGCUUCUGUUGUGUUACCUGUGCUGUUUUAAUACCCAUUAAAAGUGUUAGGGUCUAGGGAACACAUAGGGAAGUGUGAACCCAAGCAGUUGGAGCAUGCUGCAGGGCAAAGCAGGGCUUUGACUUUGACUACCACAGCCAAGGCUACACAGGGCUUGGUGCCGGAUCCAUGGACUCUCACCUCCAUGCCUUCUCCCAAUAUGUAUUUGAAAUACUCCUUGGAUUCAAAAGUGGUUUUCCAUUUGGCAGGGGGAGGGGGCUCCUGUUUGAGAAAAUAAGUCUGAAGCCUGUACACAGUACAUCUUUUAUUGUAAGAUUCCUAACUAUUUAGUUACUUGUAGAUGCUAGUUAACCUGUAUGAUCCUAGAAAAACUUCCUUGCUGCCUUGGACUUGCUGUCUUUUUCUAGUAUAGUUUAGAAAAUACUUAGACAGCCCUGAAUGAUGGCUACUGGGUUAAACAGAACAAGAGAAAUUUUGCCCUGUGUGCUUUGCACAAUAUGUGUUGGUUAAUUUAUAGAGCGAGUACGUACAACCAUGAGUAGACAUUUCACUUAGGCUGUUUGGGCUCUGUGCCACUGAAACCUUUUCUCAGGAGCAAUGUAAUGCAAUCCGAUCUGAAAUAGCAAAGACACGAUGCUUUUUUCUAAUUAAUGAUGCUGCCAUAAAUCAAGUAAAAUGUUGUUUGGAAUAGAUAUUCCAAUAAAAUACUUUUUCUGAAGGAGAA